CAAGCAGAAUCUCAGCCACCUUCUCUCCUCUCUUUCUUCCUUCCUUUUUUUGUUCUCCGCAACUUACCUCCACCUACCGCCAUGGAUCCGAAAGCGCUGAAGGAAGAACUCCGCUUGUUCCAAAGCACACUGCUGCAGGAUGGCCUGAAAGAGCUGCUGAAUGAGAACAAGUUUGUGGACUGCACUUUAAAAGUGGGAGACCGCUGCCUUCCAUGCCAUCGCCUCAUUCUGGCCGCAUGCAGCCCCUAUUUCAGGGAGAUAUUCUUCUCUGAAGACGGAAAGGUCAAAGAAGACCUCAAAGAGGUUGCUUUAGACGAUGUUGACCCAGACAUCCUGGACAUGAUCAUCAAAUACCUCUACUCUGCUGAAAUUGAGCUGACAGAUGAUAACGUUCAAGAGAUCUUUGCAGUAGCCAACCGCUUUCAGAUUCCAUCUGUGUUUACAGUUUGUGUGAACUAUCUGCAGAAGAAGUUGUCCAUGGCCAACUGUCUGGCCAUCUUUAGGCUUGGCCUGGUCCUCAAUGUGCCCAGGCUAGCCAUAGCUGCCCGAGAUUUUAUAGCAGACCGUUUUGAAAGCCUGGUGAAUGAAGAGGAAUUCUUGCAGCUAGCACCUCAUGAGCUCUUUGCCCUGAUCGGUGGAGACAUGCUGAAUGUAGAAAAGGAGGAAGUGGUGUUUGAGUCACUGAUGAAAUGGGUGCGAAGCGACAAAGAAAAACGCGCCAAAGCCCUUAGUGAAGCUUUUAACUACAUCCGCUUCCGUCUGCUUCCGGAAAAGUACGUCCGGGAGAAGGUGGAGACCGAUGACAUCAUCAAGGCUGACCCAGAGCUCCUAAAGAAACUGCAGGUCAUCAAAGAUGCUUUCAAAGGAAAACUUCCAGAGAAGACAAAAAAGGAGAAGAAGGAAGGAGAGGUGAAUGGAGAAGCAGGAGGAGAGGAGGAUGAGGAAGAGCUGUUGCCAGGGUACCUGAAUGAUAACCGUAGGCUGGGGAUGUACGGGCGGAAUCUGAUCGUCAUGAUAAACGACAAGGCGGCGGUGGCGUACGACGUUGGAGAAAACGAAUGCUUCCUGGCGGCCAUGGCUGAACAAGUGCCCAAAAACCACAUAAGCCUCUGCUCCAAGAAGAAUGAACUUUUCAUCCUUGGUGGUCUGUUUGUGGAUGAAGACAACAAAGAAGCACCACUUCAAUGCUACUUCUACCAGUUGGACAGCCUUACUGCUGAUUGGCUGGCCCUGCCGCCCAUGCCAAGCCCCAGAUGUCUCUUCGCUUUGGGUGAAAGUAACAAUUUGCUGUUUGCUAUCGCUGGCAAAGACUUGCAGACCAACGAAUCCCUUGAUUCUGUCAUGUGUUAUGAUAUUGAGAAGAUGAGAUGGAGUGAGACAAAGAAACUUCCUCUCCACAUACAUGGCCACGCUGUAAUCUCACAUAACGGCAUGAUUUACUGCAUCGGAGGAAAGACUGAUGAUAAUAAAGCUAUAAACAAGAUGUUUGUGUAUAACCACAAGCAGUCAGAGUGGAGAGAACUGGCUGGUAUGAAGACAGCCAGAGCGAUGUUUGGAGCUGUUGCUCACAACGGGAAAAUCAUUGUAACUGGAGGAGUGAAUGAGGAAGGUCUGACGGCUGCAUCUGAAAUCUACGAUUUUGGAACAAACAAAUGGGACACAUUCACAGAGUUCCCUCAGGAACGCAGCUCAGUGAACCUCGUGAGCAGUGAAGGAAAACUCUAUGCUGUCGGAGGCUUUGCCAUCAUGGAGUUAGAGAACAAAGAAUUCGGACCCUCAGAAAUCACAGAUGUUUGGCAGUAUGAUGAUGGGAAGAAGCAGUGGAGCGGUAUGUUGAGAGAUUUGCCCUAUGCGUCCGGAGCCUCUUGUGUUGCAAUGCGUCUCAAUGCUGCCCGGAUGCCCAAACUCUAAAUUCAGCAACUCUUUUCAACUGUCUUGUCCUUAUGACCCCAGAGUCCAUCUUCAGAAUCCACCCAAUUAUGUGCCUAGACUAAUCUAAACUAAGCUUAAAUGUCCUACAUUUUUCAGUUUCUGAAGAAGAAACAAAGCAUUUGUGUAAUGAAUGUAUGAAUGAGUAUAUGUAUGUGUUUUAUGUACAUUUGACAUACGCUACAUUUCUGUUCAUUUUGGGACUUUCUAGUAACCCUUCACUACUUCAUUCAAGUCUCAGGUUGUUCACAUAAAAAUAACUGUUGCACACAUUUGGCCUAGUUAUUCGUUGCUAUUUGUGUUCUAUUUUGUAAAUUAAAUAUUUUUAAAUCGUA